GCAGAGAUAUUCAGACAUCAAAUGGAAAGAGAUGGGCUGGAAAAUGUACAGCAAAAGAAAAUCUUUGAAGAGAAUAAGGAAAGGACACAACAGAGAGAAGAGCCAUGUCCUGCUGAUUCAGUAGAAUCUCUGAUGGCAGAAAUGCCGUUUGUCGACACAGAUAUUGAAGAUGAAUUUGUUAUGCAUGCAACCUCUGAAUUAAAUAUAAAAAAGAAAAGAAAGAGGACUACUGGAAGGGAAAUUGAAGAAGGCAGUGAGAGAAAGAAGAAAAAGAAAAAACAGUAUCAGCCGAAUUAUUUCGUUUCUCUUCCAAUUACUAAUCCAGAGAUUACUGGCAAUAUUCAGGCUGUCCAAGAUGCAGUAACACAAAAGGAUCAAAGGCUUUCCAAAGCGAUGGUUCACUCUGGCUCAUUGCAUGUCACCAUGUUAGUGAUGCAUUUAUCCAACGAAGAAGAAAUUAGCAUAGCAGUUGGUGCUCUUUCAGACAGCAAGGAUUUUGUAGAAGAUCUCCUGAAAGGAAAAACUGUGGAUUUGUCUUUUCAAGGAAUUGAUCACUUCAAAAAUGAAGUUGGAUUUGUGAAGUUGGCAGAAAAUGAUCAUACAGCUAUACUUACGAAAAUAGCAGAGACUAUGAAGAAGAUAUUUCAAGAAAAGGGCAUCUUGGCAGGAGAUGAAAGAGCUUUUAAACCACAUCUGACCUUCAUGAAGUUGUCAAAAUCAGCACAGCUACGUAAGCAGGUGAAAAGAAUUGACUCAAGCCUAUAUGAAGAUUUUAAAAGCCAUUAUUUUGGAGAUGAAAUCCUGCACCGCCUAGAUCUUUGCUCCAUGUUGAAAAAAAAGCAACCAAAUGGUUACUACUACUGUGAGUCCUCUAUUGUUUUUGGUGAAAAACAUGCAGCAGAGCCAGAUGAUGCAGAGCUGGUGAGCCUGAGCAAAAGGCUGGUGGAGAACGCGGUGCUGAAGGCUGUACAGCAAUAUUUAGAAGAAACGCAAAACAAAACCAGACAGACUGAUGGAAGCCCUGUGAAAACUAAAGAAGCAGAAAGCGGCAGUAAGAAUGAGAGCGACAAUGAUAACAGCAAGUGAGCACUGUGCAAAAAGCCCGGGAGCAAAUAUCCCACCAAGAAUAACCACAAAAACACGUCCCAGCUCCCCACUCAAAUUUGCUAAGUGGUGCUGGGUGACAGGCACUCUGCUUUGUGAGUCUCUUAUCAAAAGUUUGUUCUGAAUCGAAGGACACUGUCUACCAGUUUAAUAAGUGCUUCCACUGCUGAAAAUCUGUUGAAGACUGGGAGGGAUGGAUGGUGGAAAAAAGGCAAGAAUGGUGAAGCAGGCGGCUCCAGUCUUCACUGGCCUUUGAUACCAAGAGUCCCCUCCUUGCUUAUGAAGAGAAACUGAACCCUUUGUGUUUGCCUUUUGGAUUGUCAUGAAUGGCCGUGGAAGAGGCCUUGCCGUAAGUGGAAGCGACGCUCUCCGCCCGAGGGUUUGGCGCUGCCGCAGGGCUGCUUACUCCAUGUGAGAGCACAUGCUGUUUCCUAGUCAACAACAGUCAACCCCAAGCUAAAAAUUACCACUACAGAUACUCAUCGCAGAUACUAUUACAGAGUAUGUUUCUCUUAAAUGUGACAGAAUGCUGUACUGUUCUUUACUUUUUGGUAGCGUUUGUUGAUGUAAAUUAUAUUUUUUUGACAAAGUACCUUUUUAUAAAAAAAUCAAUGUGGGCAAAAGGCUGAGCGAUUAAUACUGUCCAAACCAGAUAUGAUCUCUUUAUCUCCAUACAUUAAUGACUCUAAAUGACAUUAGUUGUUAUAAAAUGUAUUAUAUUGUUCUUUUCCUCUAGGAAAGAGCCAUGAAGCAGACUUAGUAAAGGAAGCUUU